AUGAUUAAUCUCUUUCUUUUUAGGAUCGUAUCAUCGUUUCAAGCUUUGAUGGCGUGUACUGUUGGCGUUACUACCGUAUUCUCCGUACAUGAUAUCAUUCAUGAUAGAUUUUGGUUAAUCGAAUAUUACUGCUGGUUUGGGCUAGCUUAUUUCUUUUACGAUAUAUGGGCAAUGUAUCGAAGUUAUCGGUACGAACAUAAACAAUUACAAGAUGAAGUCUCACUUCUGCGAAUGUUUCUACACUCGAAAACAUCAGUGGUAAUUCACCAUAUUGCCAUUCCGUGUAUUGGCUUCCCAAUAGUCGUGUACAUCCGUCGUGGUUUAGGUGACUACUUUUUAGCUCUUUUCUUCCUAUUCGAACUAAGUACUCCAUUUCUCUCUUCAGUUUCGGUACUACAAAUUCUGAAAAUGCAAACUUCCAAACUCUACACCGUAAAUGGUAUACUGUUGUUGGUGACAUUUUUUUGUUGUCGUGUCCUGAUGAUUCCUAUUAUGUAUUGGUCUUAUGCACGAUAUAAAAAUAUUUCCUGGCUAUGGCAAGUACCGUUGUCUAUUCCCAUGAAAUGUAACAUAGGAUGCACGGUUAUAUUACUAUUUCAAUUAUUUUGGCUGAAUCAAAUUUUAAGAACAAUCACGUCCAAUAUACCCGUCAAAUCUAUCGGCGAAUACCUAGUAGGACGAGGUAAUUAUAACUUUAUCGUAAGAAUACUUUUGUCUAUCGUUGUAGAUACUACUAUAAAUUCUGGUUCGUUGUGUAUGCUGCACCAGUCGCUAACCAACUACCAAUUUUCUCACUGUAGGCGUAAUAAGCUAGCAAGUAUGGCCUAUGCAGAAUAG